AUGGUUGAGCGUUUCCACCGCCAGCUAAAAACUGUACUGCGUGCCGCAGAAGAUCCCGAAAACUGGUCAGACAAUGUACCCGUUGCACUUCUUGGCAUUCGUGCGGCACUGAAGUCAGACUUGGACUGCAGCACAGCCGAAAUGGUUUUCGGCCCUACCCUCCGACUCCCGGGUGAGAUGGUCACCCCAACCUCUCGUGAUGCCGAAGAGACCCCCGAAAAUUUUGUGCAUCGUCUGCGACAAUUCAUGCGCUCGCUUUCCCCGGUUUCACCUCGAGCUCCAUCGACCGAGCCUUAUGUUGAAAAAGGAUUAGCCAACUGCACCCAUGUGUUCGUUCGGUGUGAUCGUGUGCGGAAGCCGCUAGAAUCACCAUACGAAGGACCGUUCCGUGUGCUUACACGUAACAGCAAGACCAUUCGGAUCCUGCGAGGUGACAAAGAGGACGUAGUCAGCAUCGACCGGGUCAAGGCUGCAGAGGAGCCCCCGGACGUGUCUCAAGGACAAGCAUGUGCUGACCCCAUACCUCCUCCCACUCCUUUUCCACUUCCCCCACCUAUCCCUCCGUCCCGUAUACUUCCUCUUCCUUCUUGUUCGCAGCAUCAAACUGCAGCCUCUUCCUCCACCCUUAACUUGUCCACUACAACACCUACUUAG